CCGGGAGUAUUGGUGUACCGUUGGCAGCGGCAGGUGAAGCUGAGCUGACUACGCGGUCAGGGGCGCUUGUGAAGCGGUUCCUGCGGUGGCUAGAUUGCUGCUCUGCCCUGGCUAUGUCUUUUUUCCUUUUAGUGUGCCUUGUAACAUUUUGUUGAAAGCCAGAAAUGAUGUACUGUGUAUAAAGAACUGAGGAUUUCAGUUUGUUGAAAUGAGCAGUCGUAAAUCAAAGAGUAACAACUUAAUACAUGCAGAGCUCCUUUCACAGGUACAAAGAGUUUUACGGGAAAGAUUUUGUCAUCAAAGCCCACAUAGUAACUUAUUUGGAGUACAAGUACAAUACAAACACUUAAUUGAGCUGCUAAAAAGAACUGCUAUCCAUGGAGAAAGUAACUCUGUUCUCAUUAUUGGGCCCCGAGGAUCAGGAAAGACCACGUUAAUAAACCAUGCUUUGAAAGAACUAAUGGAAAUAGAAGAAGUGAGUGAGAAUGUAUUACAAGUUCACCUAAAUGGACUGCUGCAGAUCAAUGAUAAAAUUGCCCUAAAGGAAAUCACAAGACAGUUAAAUCUGGAAAAUGUAGUUGGAGAUAAAGUUUUUGGAAGCUUUGCUGAAAACCUUUCAUUUCUUCUGGAAGCUUUGAGAAAAGGUGACAGGUCUAGUAGUUGCCCAGUGAUCUUCAUAUUAGAUGAAUUUGAUCUUUUUGCUCAUCAUAAAAACCAGACACUCCUUUAUAAUCUUUUUGACAUUUCUCAGUCUGCACAGACUCCACUAGCAGUUAUUGGUCUUACAUGUAGAUUGGAUAUUUUGGAACUCUUAGAAAAAAGAGUGAAGUCACGAUUUUCCCACCGGCAGAUACAUUUAAUGAAUUCAUUUGGUUUUCCACAAUAUCUUAAAAUAUUUAAAGAACAAUUAUCUCUACCUGCAGAAUUUCCAGACAAGCUCUUCACUGAGAAGUGGAAUGAGAGCAUACAGUGUCUCACAGAAGAUAGAAGUGUGCGAGAAGUACUACAAAAGCAUUUCAAUGUCAGCAAAAACCUGCGGUCAUUACACAUGUUAUUGAUGCUUGCUUUAAAUCGCGUAACAACAUCACACCCGUUUAUGACUGCAGCAGAUAUGAUGGAGGCCCACCAGUUCUGUAGCAUGGACUCUAAAGCAAAUAUCGUACAUGGUCUGUCAGUCUUGGAAAUAUGUCUUAUAAUAGCAAUGAAACAUUUAAAUGACAUCUAUGAAGAGGAGCCCUUUAAUUUUCAAAUGGUCUAUAAUGAGUUUCAGAAGUUUGUUCAAAGGAAGGCCCAUUCUGUUUAUAAUUUUGAGAAACCUGUUGUCAUGAAGGCUUUUGAACACUUACAACAAUUAGAAUUAAUAAGGCCCAUGGAAAGAACUUCAGUAAAUACACAGAGAGAGUACCAGCUGAUGAAACUACUUUUGGAUAAUACUCAAAUUAUGAAUGCUUUGCAGAAAUACCCCAACUGUCCUACAGAUGUUAGGCAGUGGGCAACAUCCUCACUAAGCUGGUUAUGAACAUAACCAGUGGCUUCACUUACGGAGUUUCAGGCAUACUUCUCUAAGGAACUAAAAGCUAUUGUCCUUUAACAAGAUAUGUUAUUACAUUUUUUUAUAUUUAUAAAACUGUAUUUUUGUAUUUAUGGGAGACUGUUAUACAUGUAGGUCUUGGCUGUGUCUUGCCUUUGAAUCAUGAACAGUUACAUGAUUUAUAAUUCCAGUGGUUUAGAUUAUAUUGUAAGAGUUCAAAGAAAUAAAUGUGACUGUUUUAGGAAAUGAACCAUAUGCUUAUUUAACACUUGUCAAGUAUUUAUGUGGCAUAUAUAUUUGAAUAGUUCGUUCCAACCCAGCAGCCAAGUGUUUUUCACAAACCCUAAAGCAGUAAAGAAACAAUGGUAAGA